GGGCGGGUGGCAAGGAGAUUCCGGGCUAGGGUCGCGGCGGAAACCUGGAAGCGCCUGAAUUCCUGUGGCGUCCGGAUCGCGAGCGGAGUCGGCUUGUCCCGCAGAGGGCUCCCGGGACAGGGCAGGAUUCUAGGGGUUUUGUUUUUGUUUUCAAGGGGCGGGGGUGUAAGGGCGGAGGAGAAUGGACAGAAUACUGACUGGAACGUUAAUUGGAGCGUUUCAGAUGCGGAGAGUAGAGUAAUUCCAUACUCUUAUUUCUUCAGUUGCUCCAUCAGUCUUGACUUCAUUAUUGAAUUCUCAACGUUGCAACUGGCCAGAGUGUUUGGCAGAGUUUGACCGAAUUCAGGUGUGAGGGUUUGAUCCCGUGUAAGUGCCUGUUAGUUAGGGCACGCAAUUCAACCGCUUUACCAUGGGAUUUCUGAAGACCUGUGUACUUGGAAGAAAUGCGUGCACUGCGGUUUGCUUCUGGAGAAGCCAAAUUGUACAAAAGCCUUCAGUUAGAAAGAUUAGUACUAGCUCUCCGAGGAGCACUGUCAUGCCCGCCUGGGUGAUAGAUAAAUAUGGGAGUAAUGAAGUGCUUCGAUUUAACCAGAACAUGAUGAUACCAGUGAUACACUAUCCAAAUGAAGUCAUUAUUAAAGUUCACGCUGCGAGUAUCAAUCCUAUAGAUGUUAAUAUGAGAAAAACAAAUAAAUUGUAUUUUGUAGAUGGCUAUGGAGCUACAGCUUUAAAUAUGAAACGCGACCCUUUACAUAUUAAAAUCAAAGGAGAAGAAUUUCCCCUGACUCUGGGUCGGGAUGUGUCUGGUGUGGUGAUGGAGUGUGGACUUGAUGUGAGGUACUUCAAGCCUGGAGAUGAGGUCUGGGCUGCAGUUCCUCCCUGGAAACAAGGCACUCUCUCAGAGUUUGUUGUAGUCAGUGGGAAUGAGGUCUCUCACAAGCCCAAAUCACUCACUCACGCUCAAGCUGCCUCUCUGCCUUAUGUGGCCCUCACAGCCUGGUCUGCCAUAAACAAGGUUGGGGGCCUGAAUGACACGAAUUGCGCAGGAAAACGUGUUUUAAUCUUGGGCGCUUCAGGUGGAGUUGGUACUUUUGCUAUACAGGUGAUGAAAGCAUGGGAUGCUCACGUGACGGCAGUUUGUUCUCAGGAUGCCAGUGAACUUGUAAAGAAGCUUGGGGCAGAUGAUGUAAUUGAUUACAAAUCCGGAAAUAUGGAAGAGCAGUUGAAAUCUGUAAAGCCGUUUGAUUUUAUCCUCGACAAUGUUGGUGGAUCCACAGAAACAUGGGCUCUACAUUUUCUCAAGAAGUGGUCAGGAGCCACGUAUGUGACUUUGGUGACUCCUUUCCUCCUGAACAUGGACCGGCUGGGCAUAGCGGACGGCAUGUUGCAGACAGGCGUCACCGUGGGCUCUAAGACGUUGAAGAGAGAAUACUUCAGGCUCAGGAAAAAGGCGGCAGAAGGUUCCUCGGGUGGAAAGGCUGUGCGUCAUGCUGAGCUAGCCAGCACUGCCCCGUGUGUGCAAGCAUUUCUGGCAAGGAGUCCAUUAUCGCUGGGCCUUUUUCAUGGCCAGUGGUCCAUAUCUAGAUGACAUUGCAGAACUGGUGGAUGCGGGAAAGGUGAGAAAACUGGCUCAAAGGGAUAAAGGGACGUGCGCAACGUUGUAGAAGUGGGAUCCAGAACUCACACCUCUGACCCCAGACCUGUGUUUUCCCUCCUCACCAUUAAGCUGCAUUCUUAGUACUUGAAGCUGAUCUGGGACUUUAGCUUGAAUGGACUUGUCCUUGUCCGUGUACAGUGGCAGGGGAAGGGACUAGAGCAAGGCCAGCGUCACACCACGUGAUCUGUGCUAAGCCAUAAGGAAAGAACCCCUGGAAAUGGGUUUCUUGUUCCGGCACCUGCCACUUGCUGGCCCAUCUCAUCUUUCCAUUUUUGUUUUGGAAAAAGUGUUUUACUACUGGAUGCGUCCUGUGCGUUUAGUUUUUUCAUUCUAUUUCAGCCAAGGAACUUACGGUAGAAAAUGGCCCACUACUGUUUCCCAAAUAUUUUGGUUCCAAGUUUGCAUGCCUUUUCUCACACUUCUAAGUAGACGGGGGCUCAGCCUUGUUGUGACUGCAAGCGAGUGCCUCUGUAGGGUUCUCCCCACAUCCCACGGGGAUGCUUAUUUUAUUUCUAGGAAGAAGGAGAUGAACUGUCAUCAGAUAAUAUGGCCCACAGUCCUGUGUGGUGCUCAAUGGGGAUGGAGUCCUGUCAUUAGAGAGGUCCCUGUCCUCCCGAAGUCACCACACGUGUCCUGACGUGUGCUCCAGACUGUCCACGUGCUUAUCAUUGCUCUUUUGUGUUCCAAAUAUUGUGACUCUCUACCUAGAAAUGACCAUUUAUUCAACAGAGAAGAGAGGUGACUUGUGUAUAUGUCCCUAUUGAAUUUGGUAGUUAACUGGUGGAAUGGCUAAAAGAGGACACGGCAGAAAUCAUGAUGCCCUCCAAGUGUCCUCCUGCAAGGGUGAGUGAAGAGAUGUUCCUUUGGCCUCUAAUUCUCUUCUCACCAGGGUUAUUUGGGCUCAGGAGUCAUUUCUGACAAUGAAGGGCCCUGGGCCUGUGGCGGUUGGUAAGGGACAGUGGACCCACGAAGAGGUCAGCUGUCCUGCGCAUCCUACUUCCUUGUGGCUGUGAGAGGUCAUUGCCUGUCUACACUGGAGAGUUGGAAAGGAUAACAGAACAGAUCUGCUUACAUAUUGUGUGGUUAGUAAAGAUUAAGUUGGAUGAGGACGUUGAAAUCCUUCCAAGCUUUGGCUGAGUGCUUAAUGAAUAUAAUUAGCAGGUAUCCGAUAGAGGAGCUGGAGUUGUUUAGUGACAGUAUGAGGCCAUGAACCAAAAGAGGCUACUGUUUUAAAAUACCUUAAAUUACGUUUUGUAAUAUUUGUAAGAUUCAAAAUCCAAAAGGUAGGAAAAGUUAUUUCAUAGAAUCUUCCUUUGAUUCCUGUCCCUCACAGAGAUUCUCCUUGUCAGGCCACCAGCUUUACUAGUUUCUUGGGUAUUCCAAAGAUGUUCUGAGAUUCAGUAGAGUGAAACAAAAAAAUGAUUUAUAACUAGCAGAUUGAGUUUAAUGGGCUGCUACUGAACUUUUGCCUUAUGCCUGAAGUUUAUUGGCAUUUUCUCCUAAGUGCAACAAACAUUUCCUGUUUUAUACCAUUUAGCAAACUGUUUUUGGGGGGGUGCCUACCCCAGUGCAUACACGACAUGAGAGAAACCGGAAGUACUGGUUGCUGCACCUGAGGAGGGGGACGAGAUGGCUGGGGAUCACGCGUGGGAGGGAGGUGCCUCUUCGUGCCCUGUCAUCUUUUUGAGUGUGUGUGUGCACACACGUGUGCUCUGUGUGGUAUUAAGGCCAUUCAAGGUCCUAGGUGACCAGCCAGGCCUCUUGGCUGAGCGAUGACAUGGGUAUCUCACUUUAUUUAUUUUAGCCAGCAUCAGAAUAGUUCCUACAGAACUUAUUUGAAUUUAAUUCAAAACAUUUACUGAGGGCUAGUGGGCACUUUACUUCACCCAGUAGGGCGUGGAGAGAAUCAUUGGCCAUGCUGAAUUACAUCCUGAGCCGUGCUGUCUGCUAGAACUUUCUGCAGUGAUGGAGAUAUUCUCCAUCUGCAUUGUCUGGUGUGGUAGCCACUAGCCACAGGUGGCUGUUGGUCACUUUAAAUGUGGCUAGUGCAACUGAGGGGCUAGAUUUUAAAUUUUAUUUACUUUUGAUUAAAUUUGAAUAGCCACAUGUGGCUCGAGGUUACCAGUUUGGACAUGCAGCUUUAGAGAGCAUGUAAUAAGUUCUGAGGCAGAGGAUUCCCCAGACCCCUCUUGGGAUGGCCAGGCCCUAGUUUUGCAAUGAACGGUAUUCCAAAGCUUUAAAUUCCUUAUUUGCAACUGGACUUUUUCCCCUAUAGAAAGAAUGUAAUGGUUGGGGACUAACCCUCUGGGGCCACUAGGAGAGUGUUAUCUUCCCAGAUGUGCCAGGUACCUCACAGCCUUGAUGCUCCUGAAGUUUUCCAGAUGCCACUGAAGUUGUUUCUGUGGGGAAAUGUAAGCUGAGUUUCUCCUCUCACCUUCUGGCUAGAAGGAGUACCUUUUUUCAGGGGGCCUAGGGACAAGUCCUGAGAUGCUUCCAGAAUGGGCACAUUUACUCCCUUGGAGAGCUCCCCCUCCCCACUCACCCUGUCCCAUCUCACCUCCUAUCCUCCAGCCUUGAGUUUUCCAUCUGGGGCCAGAAAGUUCAGAAAUAGCAAGUUCAAGCAAAGCCCACUUUUUCCUUCUUCGUAUCUCCUUAGUUUAAGCCCCCUUCUUCCCCUUUAUCCCAACCCUGGAAAUAUUGACCCUGUGGCAGAACUCAGGGCCAGGCCUGUCCAAGAGGUCGUGCUGGAGCUGUGGUCCUGCCGCCCCUGCACUGGGGCCCUGGGGCGCGUCCACAGGUGUGUGGACCGGGAUCGUGCAGAGGCCUUCAGGUCUCCCUGGGUCUCUGUCAUCAGUCUCCCCACCCUUCCCACCCUCUGAGGUCGGUUUCUGUGCCCCAUGGAGGCUGCGGCCAAGGGUCUGGGGAAGAGGUGACAGACUCAGGCUUCCCUCCCCGAAACGCCCUCAUGCCGUGCAGUGAUGACAUUGGGAGUCCAGGACCCUAACUCUGCUCCUCUGCUAAGACCUCUGACCUUGCACUUAGCACGUAACCACUUGCACUUCAGCUUCCUAAUCUAGCCACCAGCCGGCUCAGAGACUCCCCCCCUUUUAAGCCCUACUGCUCUGUGAUUCCCGCAGGGAGGUGGGGCUGGGGGAGAGCCUCUCUGCGGGCCACCGUGCCUGCCCCGUGCAGCCCUCUCUCCACAGCCCUCCUGAGCUCCUGAGCCCAGCGGGUUCCUGCCUCGGAGGCAGGGAGGCUUGCCCAGCGGCUGGUGAGCAACAGUGUUCCGAGGCAGCACGGGGAGGUGGAGGUGUCCGUGGUCCCUGUUCUUAUGGGAAGGGUGCCAGGCAGCAGGUGCCAGACCCGGGCCUGGCUCUGUGCGGCCUUUGUUUAGGAGAGGGAAGGACAAUCAGGAGAGCCCGAGUGUGGGUCCGAGCCUGGGAUGAAUGCUGCAGUCCCGGGCGGCUGCGGGCCCCGCGCGUCCGUGUCGCCGGGGCGUGUGGUGUCGAGCCCGCCGCUUUAUACCAGGGCUCCUGUGCUGGCCAGGCUGCCGCAGCGUCAUCACAUCAAUGUCCCCACCUCACCGUGAGUAACCUUUCUUUCCCCUCUCUAGAUUUUUGCUCUGAUCCCUUUGUCCACAGCAGACAAGCAUUCCAGGCCUGAUGUGGGGCUGGGCGUAGACCUGCCCAUUGUCCGGUUAGUCCCUGGGUGCUGUCGCACACUCAGCCAGCAGUGGCAUCUGCCUGCCUGUUCAUCGGGAGCCUCUUUUUCUUUGUCACUUACGGGAAGCGCUGAAUGCCCGUGGUGCCACAGUCAGCCCUGUGGGAUUACCCGCCACAAUAGGCCUGACCAGCCAGAUUAACGUGUGCCGUCGCUGCGGGCUGCCUGGGUCAUCAGUUUGGGGCCUGUGUCUCUGGUCAGGUCCUAAAGCGGACGCAGCUAGAAGGGCGGGCCGCUCGUCCCGGAGUGGAGCAGGUGGGCUCCGGUUCCCGCGUGACCUCUCGUAACGCCGCCGCUGGUCGCUGCUGUUGCUGGUGUCCAGCGCUCAGCGACCGCAUGCAUGUUGGUGGUGUCGCCUCCUCUCUCGGUGUCUCUCUCGGGGGCCUGCCGUGUGCGCCUGCUGUGCGCCAGUGCCUGGCGCUUAGAGGGCAGACACUUAGCCUUUGUGGAGCGGGUGCGUGUGUGCGUCCCGCAGGCCCGGAACCCCAGGCGUGAGGCAGAAGGCGGUAGUGAUUCCCACCCGCUGUGCAGGAAGCUCACCUCCACCCCGAGACGUUUUUAUUCAGUUGUUCUAACAGGAGGCCAAGGACUCUGCAUUUUAAGCAUGCAUUCAGGUGAUGCCUUUUCAGGCAAUCAGCAUCCAGAGAGCAGUGUCCCAGCGGCUUGGAGGAGGGGGACGGUUUCGGGUGGGACAUGCAGGGAACUUGGAUGCCUUCCACUCUCCUACCAGACAAGGCGAGUAGGGUUCCUCUGACAAGCGGCUCAGAUCUGUUCUGCUCACAGUGGCCGCCGUGUUGAGGGAGGUUGAGGUCGCCCUCGGCUUGCUGGGGGGGGCCCCAUUCAUUCAUCAGUGGUGUUCUCCACAGGUGCAGAUGGCAGUGGUGGCCUGUGGACAACACGUCUGCUGUCUUGGUGGCCUGGACAUAGGGCCUAGAGACUGGAUCCUCAGCGGACGCGGUCCCUUAGUACGAGGCAGGCCAGCCAAGAUGCAGGCUGUGAUGAAUCCUUAUAACCCUUGGCUCCCUUUCCCUCCCCUUAAGGUUUUGGAAGUGGAUGUGGAAAGCAGCUGAUGGUAUAAGAAAGGCUGAGUGCACAGUGGUGAGAGCAGACUCUGGCACCUGCUUGAAUCCUGCUUUACCACUUAGCAUUUAUGUGGUGUUGGGCGACGUAUUUAACUCUGUCUUAAUUUAUUCAUCUGUGAAAUGGGAAUAACAGUAGUACCCACCUCAUAGGGUGGCUGUAGGGAUUAAAUGAGGUAGAACAUAUAGAGCACCUAGAAGAGCGCCUGGCAUGGAGUGAGGACAGUAUGUGCUAGCUGUGGCUCUUAUCAUGAGCAUAUCGUGGUUUGUGGGUACAAAGCAAUUUUCAGCUCUGGAGAAGGGACCUUUCGGAGUCCAAGAUGCUCUCUGGUGGCAGGGCUGUGAAAUUCACACGAGAGGAAGGUCCAUCAGGUGCAUCUGAACACCACAAGAGCACAAACUUCUCCCUCUGGUAAAAGGCAGAGGGUUGCAAGAUGUAGGCUUAUGCGUCCUGACAACGUAUACCUGCUCUUGGAGCAGUGGGAGGUAGCUCAUGAAAUACCCAGUGGAUAGUUAUUGAUUUUUGCUUGAAGUUUUGAAAAGGACGGGUUCAGUUAGAGUUGUACGUGGGGAGAGAGGGCACUAACUGGUCCUAGUUUCAAAGGAGAUUGCUGGCAAUACUAAUGACACAGUAAAAAGAACCAGCGGCGUUCACGCCUUCAUGAGCUGGCAUUCCUGUGACGUCCAGCCCGCUUAGCAAAGCCCCCGGCGCAGCUGCAGCCAGGGAUGGGCCCUCCCAGGACUCUCGCUUCCCAGUUAUCUUACUGGUUUCACCUAAGUGACACUUAUUCAACUCCUGCUAUGUGCCUAGCAUUGUGCUGGGUGUUGUGGGGGAUACAGAAGAGGUGACUUGUACCACAGGUGCGCUAAGCUUUGCGUAAACACGCCAACCAUUUAACAAAUUAAAAAAAACCCUGUCCCUGUUCUGUGCAGUGCCUGUGUGGGGCCACGGGGAUACACACAGCAGGAGCCUUGGGGCACCUUCUUUGGUGUUUACCAUGCAGGACCGUGUGGCUGAGACAUGUGCUUGGCUAUAGCAGGCAGUCUGUGUAGAGGGCCACACCGGUCCUGUAGCGGUUCAAGGAGAGGACACUCCGCAGACUGUGGGGUCCGGCAGGCUCGGGUGAGACCGCACCGGAAGCCUGACCUGAGCGGUCAGACGUUGCAGAGGAGAGGCACGCACACUCCACGCUCAGACGACGACAAGUAGCCCGUUUUGGUAAAGCAGGGGUCCGAGGAGGGCUGGGGUUGGGAUGGCAGUGGCCUUUGGAUGCCAGCCCUGGGCGCCCUGGAGGAGCUCCGAGUCGGAGGGUGACAGUGACCACCGUGGUGCAGGCGUAGGGCUGACGGUCGGGUUGGGCUGCGCUACAGAGGAGACGCAGGCAGAAGGAGCGGGGCAGCGCGCGUGGGCCGGCCCCCCGUGAGCUCCUGACCCGGGGGCACCACACAGACCGGAGACACCUGCCUGGGCUGACAACGUGAGACAACUAAUGACAGGCGUUACCUGCCGUGACUGAUGUAGGUUUUCUUACCC